AUGAUUCCCUUGGCCUUCUUUGACUUCGGCGAAUCCGCUGUGCUAGAUGUCAUUGGCUGGGUUGUGCGUCUUUUCUGGUCUAUGGACUUCCCUCUCUCUUGCUUGACCGGCUAUGCACUGGCGGGCGAUAUGCUGGAGAUGCGGCCUUCGAAGGUGCUUCCGCACUACGCGAAGACUUGGAUGUCACUAGAUGUAUCCAUGCUUGCAGUUGACUGGGCUGAAGUUGCCAUUGGCGGCGUCGGCAGUUUGAAUGCUGCUCGAAUGGGCAAGACAGUCAAAAGCUUGCGGAUGAUACGGAUGAUGCGGCUUUGGCGCUUGCUGAAUGUCAGUCAGAUGCCUGAGUUUGUCAGAGUGCUGAUUCACCACUACUUCCAGUCGGAGGUGAGCCGCAUUCUGCUCGACAUUUUCAAAAUUCUGGUAUUUCUGGUUUGGAUCAACCACGUGCUGGCCUGCUGCUGGUACGGCGUUGCAGAUUCUCUGGAAGCAAGCGACCACAGCUGGAUUCGCGAAGCACGCUUCCAGUCUUCAAUGAUCAUUCACUUGUACGUCACCUGCUUUCAUUGGAGCUUGACUCAAUUUGCAGGAUCCACCGAUGUGUUUCCUUCAAAUGUGUAUGAGCGGACCUUCGCAGUUUUCGCUUUGCUCUUCUGCUUUAUCCUCUCAGCGUCAAUUGUGAGUAGCAUCACCACUUCGAUGACGCGGCUGUCGAUUGCCAGAUCCAAGGAGACCACCAAGUUGACUGCCCUCAAGGAGUACUUGAGGGAGAACCACAUCUCCAGUCGCACUGCCCUGCGGGUGCAGCGCAACGCGCAAUACGCCAUCGAGGAGCAGAAGAGGCACACGCCCGAAGAGGACAUCGAGCUUCUGGGCUACCUUUCAGAACCAUUGCGGGUGGAGCUGCGCUUCGAGAUUACGAUGCCGGUGCUGAGGAAGCACGCCUUCUUCAACGUGCUAGAGCAGGAGAGAAUCCCGCCUUUGCGCGGCAGCUUUGCUACAAGGCAUUGA